AUGAUGAUUGUCACGGCCAGGCCGGACCGUCAAAACACGACCUUGCCACUAUCGACGCAAGCACCAUCCAGCACAGGUGCCGGCAACGCUGGGGGUGGAAGUGGGCCAGUGUUCCAAGAUGAUGGCUCAUUAGAGGAUGCUGCCAACAGUGAUCAGACAACUGAUGCUGCCGCGACUACCACUUCUCGUCAGCUGGACUCCAAGACUUGCCUGCAACUGUGCUACAACGCCAUCGAUUAUCUUGGCUGGCCCACGCUCUGCACUUGGGCGACGUGCGUGACGUGCCCUGAAUGUUCAGGAACCACCGUGACUGGAACCACCACAACGGAGGUUCUGCCACCGACUGUCACCCUCACCACGACAUUUAUCUCUGGCACUACGGGCAUUUCAUCGACGACAUCUUCGAUGACGCGCACUGCCAGCAGCACCACGAGCUGGACAACAUCUCAAACAUCAACAUUCACAACGACGACGACCGACAGGGCGUGUGCUUCGCCGAGCCCAGUUCUGUCCAGUCUAGCCAGGAACAAGGAGCUCUGUGCAAACCUCAGUGCGGGAGACUUCUGUGUCGCUCAAAUUCAGGAUCACCCGUGUCUUUACACUGGAGAUCUUUAUCUCGAAUGCCCCAGGAACAACAUCCUGUACCGAGAGCCGCGGUUGCUGCGAGGCGAGUACCAAACAAAGUGUAGGAUCUGCGGCUUUGCGCCCAAUGACUGGCAAGAUUCUGACCCUCAAGCAGGCCAGAUUUCAGUCAGUUUGAAGUUUGGGGCGAACGCGAUACUUGGGGAAGUCAAUGAGACAGAUAUAUACGGCUAUGGCCUUUUCCUCGCUGACAAUUGCAGCAGGCCAAUCAAGCAAGACCCCGUUGGCUACGUCGAGAAGAUGGAUCCCUACCCCUUCGACGAGAGGUGUUGCACGUUGGAUGCUUAUCAGGUUGACCUUACGUUUCAGUUGCCCCCGAACUUAUACAGCGUGAUCCUGAUGGUUCGAGUAAACACAUCGCUGGGAUUCCUGCCGAUGGGAGAAGCCUCGCCGGAGAUUUUCGACAUGAACGAGUCAAUGAUUGGCACGGCCGAUGCCUUCAGGUACUCAUUGGGCCUUGCACGAGCGCUUUGCUUGGUUGCGGCACUGCCUUGGGCUUUGAAUGGGCCUUGA